AUGGAGUAUGGUCAAGUUGUUUCGAGAAAGAGUCUUGCAGAUGAAGAGGAAACAGUAGAUGAAGUUCCGGACGACGCAUUGGCUCUUCUUUCCCAGUCCAUUGCUGGCAGAAUUUCCCUAGACGGACUGCAAACAGUGCCACUGGUUACUGAAGAGAAGGAAGGGGCAGAAACCGAAGAGCAAGUCGUUACUGAAGAAAGCAAUUUAGCGUUUAGCUUGUUCUCCGAUGUCCACCAAGUUUCUCUGGAAGAGAAAGAAGAGGUUAUAAAACAGGAGCGACCCCUUUCCUAUUAUAUGGUCGAAGACAAUGAAGAGAGAAGAGAACGGCUAAAGCAAUCAUUACUGACGUAUGAACAAAUAAUGGAGUUUAGCAACGAACCAUGGGUAUGGUAUUUGUCUACAAAAGUACACAGUGUAUCAUCUAACAGAUCCAUUAUAGCCUGCGUGUCAAAAACCACACAAGGUUAUUCAUAUCAAACUGGAGGAGAAAAAGAAAAAACGCUGGAGACCAAGCAAGAAACGAAGAAUUCGUAUGAAGAUUAUUCGUGA